AUGGUUCCGGUACCACACGAAGUGUGUAUAUGUAACGGAGUCAGUGACGGAGCUUUGAUCCGAUGUUCGAAUUGUGGGACAUUAUAUCACUGUUCAUGCGUUGGAGUUGAUGAGGCGAAAGCCGCAUCAAUGAAGAACUGGAUUUGUGAAUUUUGUACUUUUGAGGAUCCCAACGAUGUAGACGACGAUGAAGAGGAAUAUAUAUUUGAAAGAGACGAAUCGGUGCAUAGGAGGCGAAAUAGGUACGACAGUCACCGCAGUCAGGGAUUUUCUUCACUGUCUGACAUGUUCUCCGGGUCAAUCGAAGAAAUGAACGAACGCAACUUGAUGAAGGCGAUCAGCUCAAUCGAGCAGAAACUCCUCAUCGAGGACGAGUCCCCAUCCAUCCACAACCCCGACGAGGGCAAGAAAACGAGUUCGAGACAAGCCAGCGAUUUCUCGACGAUGCUCUCCUCCUAUCCAGAGCUCAAAUCUCUCCGUCACGACCUGCAGCGCAAGCACCUUCUGCACCGCCUGGUCCGCGUGAAAGACCUCUCCCCCGUGAAUCCGAGUCGUUCUGGCGACGGAGCCGACGACCUCACGGAGCCCAUGCGAUACUGCGUGCAAACGCUCUCACGAUACGAUCCCCCUCCUGACAGCGUUCCCUUACGUGCGGAUAUCCGCACAUUCGACUGGGAGCGGCUCGCCAAAGCGCAGCGCGAGCUCACAGGGAGGCUGUUUGACGUGAUUAUGAUGGACCCGCCAUGGCAAUUGGCUACGGCCAAUCCCACACGCGGCGUAGCGAUCGCAUAUGAGCAGCUAGGCGACGAUGUGAUUCGAUUGAUGCCGCUGGAUCUGAUCCAAACCGAUGGCUAUCUCUUUCUGUGGGUCAUCAACGCCAAGUACCGAGUGGCGUUGGACCUGCUGGAGGGAUGGGGCUACACGUUCGUCGACGAAAUCGCGUGGGUGAAGUGCAAUCGGAGUCGACGCCUGGCGAAGAGCCACGGGUUUUAUCUUCAGCACUCGAAGGAAACGUGUUUGGUGGCGAGAAAGGGAAAUCCGCCACCGCUGACGAACUUUGGGUUUGAACCAGAUGUGAUUUAUUCGGAGCGACUGGGGCAGAGUCAGAAGCCGCUCGACAUCUACGAGAUGAUAGAGCGGCUAGUGCCGAACGGAUACUAUUUGGAAGUGUUUGGAAGGCGCAAUAAUCUGCGGGACAAUUGGGUGACGAUUGGAAACGAGUUGUAA